AUGGGCGACGACAGACCACAACGUGAAGUUUAUACAAACGACUUAAAACUUCCUCCACGCAAAGGCUUUAAAUUUGAAGUGCACUUCGCUAAAACGGCCUAUAAAGAUGAAAAUAGAGAAAAUCGGGUGAAAAAGUGGUGCCCAAAGCUACCGACAUCUUGGGAAUUAAAACAAUAUUUAGCCGUCCUAAUAUGUGGACUAUCACUAUGGGCUACAGCAUUGUUCAUCUUCAGAGAUCUCGUAGUCCCUGGUGGAUACCUCUUUAAUAUCACUGCAUUGGUAACGGCUGGAUAUGUUGUCGGUCAUUCUAUGGAAAGAUACACAACUCUCAAUCCUGUAAUAAGUAUGACAUUAGUUGGAGCUCUUUGUAAGAUCUUCGUUCCUGUUAAUAUUUUAGAAAGUUAUACAGCGGACCAAAUAGAUUUUCACUUAAGACGGAUUUAUCCAGUUAUUAUCUUAACAAAAGGCCCGUUAACCUGGAACUGGGAAUACAUAAAGCACAAUUCGGUAAAAGUUUUUUCAUUGGCCACACUCCCUUGGAUCAUCGAGUGUUUGUCGACGGCCUUCUUUGCUUUUAUUUUUCUCGAGUUUCCCUGGUACUGGGGAUUGCAUCUAGGAGCAAUCUUAUCCUCAGUGUCCCCAGCAAUUGUGGUCCCAAUAUUGAUUUCCUUGAGCGCAAAAGGUUUGGGAACAAAAAGCAAAUUAGCUUUACUAGUUGGAAAUGCAGGUGGUCUUGACACAGCUUUCACUGAAGGAAUGUUUGGCGUAAUCAACAGCGCAGUAUUUUACGAGUCCACUCCUGUUUAUAGAAUCAUAAAGGCACUCACGGCUAUAUUCUUUGGCAUCGGGCUGGGAGUAGCGUGGGGCGUGCUGGCAGACAUCCUUCCCGACCACAACGAUGCCCACGCGCCGGUAAUCCGAAGCUUGCACAUUUUUGCAGGGGGGAUCUUAAUCACGUACGCCGGGGGAUACUUUGGCUGGGGUGGAGUAUCUGGAGUUGCCAUCAUGGUGUGUGCAGGAACAGCAGGUACCCGUUGGGCAAGACGUGGUUGGGCUCUCAAUAAUAACCCAGUCUCACAAAUAUAUACCACACUUUGGACUAUAUUUGAAACUAUGCUUUUCACCUUAAGUGGUUACUUUAUCGACAUCUCAGAAGUAAGCGUGAAGGAAUUUGGACUGAUGAUAGCUUGUAUAUUUUCGGCCUUAUUAUGUAGGCUAGUGACGGCGUUUCUUGUAGGCGUAGCAAAUGCUUUCUCGGUGAAAGAAAGUAUAUUUAUAGCUAUUACCUGGAUUCCUAAAGCUAUUGUCGAGGCUUGUCUUGUUCGAGUCGCCACAGAUUCCAUAUGGAAAGAUGCUGCUACGGAUAGUGACAGAAAAAUUGCUACACAACAUUCAAAUAUGAUCGUUAUUGCCAUAAUUAUAACAUCCACUAUUGGAUCAAUAUUGACAAAAGUAAUGGCGCCUGUUCUUCUAGCACCUUAUUCAGGAGUUGGACCUGAAGCAACCAGCGCUACACCAAAAGACGCAUUAUCAAAUGUAUCGCCGGAAAGAAACAGAACGCAGUGCUUAGAUGGUUUUCAAUUCAUAGAUAUGUAA